AAACAAUUUUGAACAAAUGAGGGCGCUGUAUAAACGAAGGCACCAACAGACAGGUUACAGUCAUUUGACAGUUGAGGCCUUGAACCCGAAGUAAAAGGAAGCUGUUUCCUCAAGCAAGCCCUCUUCAGGUGUAGAAGCGACCAUAUCUGUCUGACGUUCACCGUUUAAUGAUGGAGAAUGGUUCAUUGGAAUCCGUCCGCUACGUAGACCACAAACUCCACGUUCUGAACCAGCUUCUACUUCCCAGCAAGUUGGAGUAUGAAGAAAUUACUGGCGUGAAAGACGGAUGGCAAGCAAUUAAACAAAUGAAGGUGCGUGGGGCGCCCUGUAUAGCCAUAGUAGGCUGCCUCUCAUUGGCUGUGGAGUUGUUUAACUACACUCCAACAACCAAAGAACAAGCUGCAGGCUUCAUUGCACAACAACUUGACUACCUGGUAACUGCAAGACCCACAGCCGUUAACAUGAAGCAAGCUGCGGACAGCAUUAAAGUGAUGGUUGUGAAGAUGUUGCAGAGUGAUCAGGACGUCACAGCGCAACAACUGUGUCAAAGAGUCAUUCAAGAAGCAGAAUCGAUGCUCGUAAGUGACGUCAAGUGUAACAAGAGUAUGGGACAUUACGGUGCAGAACACAUCAGGCGACAUUGUAAGCAAGGAAAGCAGUGUGUUAUGACGCACUGUAACACAGGAUCAUUAGCUACAGCUGGCUACGGUACAGCAUUGGGAGUGAUCCGCGCUCUGCACGAGGCAGGGGAUCUGGACCACGUGCUGUGUACAGAAACCAGACCUUACAAUCAAGGCGCCAGACUAACAGCGUUCGAGCUCGUACAUGAUAAAAUUCCGUCCACCCUGAUCACGGAUAGUAUGGCAGCAUUCGCAAUGGUCAAGAAAGGAGUAACCGCUGUAGUUGUUGGUGCAGACAGAGUGGUUGCCAACGGCGACACGGCAAACAAAAUCGGAACUUACCAACUUGCCUUAGCAGCAAAGCAUCAUGGUAUUCCAUUCUACGUAGCCUGCCCCUCAACGACAUGCGAUUUAAACCUCGUUAACGGAGACAGCAUUGUGAUUGAGGAGAGACCAAAGAAGGAGUUGACGUGCAUCAACGGCACACGGAUUGCCGCAGAGGGAAUCGAAGCAUGGAAUCCUGCGUUUGAUGUGACUCCAGCGUCGCUCAUAACAGGAGGCAUCAUCACAGAGUUUGGAGUUUUCAAACCCAGCGAACUCCGAGAAGAGUUAUCUAAAUGCCUGUCAAUGUAGAUACUAUAGACAUGCCUAGGUUUAUAGAUUGUUUGCACGCAUGAGAAAACCUGUUGUGCAGUCAUUGUUAAUGAAUUAACAUAACAAAACGUACCACGAGGAUGGCCGCUUAAUGCAAUCAGUCUAUAGCCAGUACAACAAACACGUACAAGGCAACUGGCGACAAGAAUUGGUUAUGAGGUUUUUAAUAAUGGUCAAGGUUUAUAAAUUAUAUUCCCAGGUUUGGAGCAUUGCUAAUGUUGCUAGCAUCGUGACUUUGGGCGUGAUCCCUGGCUACAUGGCAUAUGCGCGUUUAUGGCUUCUGACUAGCGCCCCUUGAACAAAGACACUGACAAAAUGAGGAACCCCCAACAUAGGGCUGGAUAGCUCAGUUGGUAGAGCACCGGAACUGCAAUUCGGAGGUCGCAGGUUCGAACCCCGCUCCAGUCAAUUUCUAUAUUCAAUUUUUUUUUAAAUGGCACCUGGUUUAUGCAAGCCUGUGUAUUUAAUACCACUUUCUAUUUGGCCAUCAAUCCAGAUGUUUGUAUUCAUAUAAAAAAAGAAAAUUUGUUACGAUCAAAAAUUUAAUUAUACGAACUAGUUUUACAUUUUCCAAUGUUCACAAAUGGAUGCAGGUAGAAGGGCCAAGCACAUGUACAACAGAAAGUACUGCUGUAUUUUUAAAAUUACAUUAUAUCAUCUUUUUUUAAGGAAGGUAAUCUGGUAUUUGUUAAACAAUUUCGCUUUGCUUCGUAUAUCAUUCCACCGACGGUUGGAAUAAAACUUAAUUAAACUGUGUUAAUGGAUACUCGAAAUACAUGCAGAUUUUAACGCUUACAUGUAUGUUUUUGUUCCCGUCUUCUUGUGAUUGUAUUUUUGUAUUUCACUCUGUGGAUCAAAAAGGACUGAAAGAAACCAGAGAAAAUUGGGAAUUU